AGGGAGAGUUUGGAAAAGUAUAAAGCAAGUGACGUUGAUGCUCUAUGUAAUGAUCAGAGAGGCACAUGCAAAACCAAACAUUACCAGAGUCCUUUUUUCAUCUUUUAGAGUUUUUUCUUCCCUUCCCUUCCCCACAGCUUGUGGUCCGAUUCUCUUACCUUAUCACAUUCAACCCCUUCUCUUUUUCAUCACUAAACUUGGUCACAUCAACUUUUAGUCCCAAUCUCUUCAAAAUUAAACCCAAUUUGUGAAUUAAUUUUCUCUUCCCCACUUUAAAAAAGAUUCCAGGGACAAUCUAACCACCUUCCCUACUUCAUUUCCUUUUCCUUCUAUAUUUAUCUUCCACCAAUUCAGUUUCUUGAUUGUUCUUACGCUAAACUAAAUUUCAUCCAGGAUGCCUCCAGUGCAUUCUAGUCCAUACUAUCAAAUGGACAAUCCAGCAAUCCUUUCUUUGCUCCGCCGUACUGCUACAGCCCAUCAACAUGAGAAGCGAUCCAAGUCCACCGGCGGAGGUCUUUUGAAAAUGUUCAAGCUUUUUCCUAUGCUAACCUCUGGCUGCAAGAUGGUUGCACUUCUGGGUAGACCACGGAAGCCUUUACUCAAGGACAAUGCUACCACCGGUACUAUAUUUGGUUUUCGUAAAGGGAGAGUAAGUUUAGCUAUACAGGAGGAUCCUCAUUGCCUGCCAAUGUUUGUGAUAGAGCUUCCUAUGCUGACAAGCUCACUUCAGAAAGAAAUGGCUUCUGAUAUUGUCAGAAUCGCGUUGGAGAGUGAAACCAAGACUCAUAAGAAGAAACUGUUAGAAGAAUACGUUUGGGCUGUGUAUUGUAAUGGAAGAAAAGUAGGGUACUGUAUCAGGAGGAAGACGAUGUCCGACGACGAGCUUCAUGUGAUGCAACUUCUGCGAGGUGUAUCGAUGGGUGCAGGUGUUCUUCCAAGCUCGAAUGAGAAGGAAACAGCAGAUGGAGAAUUGACGUACAUGAGAGGAAGAUUUGAAAGGGUGGUCGGAUCCAAGGAUUCCGAAGCUUUAUAUAUGAUAAACCCAGAUGGUGCAGCAGGGCCAGAAUUGAGUAUUUUCUUUGUAAGAACUCAUUAGAAUUGACAUGUACCAUUCUAGGUUAUAUUGUGAAUCAAAAUUAAUCUGUCAAGAGUGCCAUUCAAAAAAAAAAAUUGCUCCAGCUUUUCAGUCCCAUGUUCAUAAGGUUGAAGAGCCAAUAUCUCAUGCAUGUUUCUUUCAAAAAGAUAAUCCUUGUAAACCUGAAGUAAAUCAACUUUGAUCAUUUAGCA